AUGCCUCUCUCAUAUAAAGCCGAGGGGGUUGCCGAAAUAGUUGAAGAGGUGCAUAAUGAUCAUGAAAGAAAAUGGUUCACAAAACUGUUCCGCACUGCAGUUUUGAGAGACAGCGAGGAGUCCAAGUUUGUUAAGAAACUGGACUUAUAUUUGCUUACUUGGGGCUGUAUAGCGUAUCUGAUCAAAUCUAUCGAUCAAAGCAACUACUCUAACGCGUACGUUAGUGGAAUGAAAGAAGAUCUCAAUAUUGUCGGAAACGAGUAUAACUGGAUUAGUAUCUAUUUCAAUAUUGGCUACGCUGUCGGGCUAAUACCCUCUCAGAUUUCAAUGACAAGACUAAGUACGCCUUACUGGUUAAGCUCAUGUGAGUUUAUCUGGGGUAUCCUGACACUGUGCUGUGCUUUUGUCAAGUCCGUUCAUGUUCUAUUUCAGCUUCGGUUCCUAAUCGGGCUUUUUGAAAGCAGUGCGUGGCCAGGAAUGAUGACAAUUUUCUACAGCUACUACACACAAAAAGAGCUUGCUACUCGUGCUGCUCUCUUUACUGGCUCCUACUAUGCUGGAAGUAUGUUUACGGGAUUCAUGCAGGCUGCUAUCUACAAAACAUUAAACGGGCACGGAGGUCUUGCAGGAUGGAAAUGGCUAUUCGUGAUUAAUGGUUUGAUGACAGUUGCCAUUGCCUCACUUGGAUUCUAUAUUGUUCCUGACUCUCCCCAAAAUGGCGUUGAACAUGAAAAGGGUAUAAAGAUUCCUUUGGAUUACCGUGUUUGGCUGUUCCUUCUGGCAUACGUUCCUGCGGUCUGGACGACUUCUGUUGCGUACUUUAAUUUAUGGCUCAAAAGCCUGAAAACCGAUGAUGGAAGCUCGCGCUAUUCUGUUGAAGAGCUUAACUUGAUUCCUAUUGCUGGCUCUGCUGUUCAGUUGAUCACUAUCGUGACUCUUUCAAAGCUGGCUGAUUUUGCAAAUGCUCGGCUCAUUGUGCUUGUGGCCGAGAAUAUCAUCCAGCUUGUGGGUAGCAUUAUACUGGCUACGCGUCCAAAAAGCAUCGGUAUCAACUACUUCAGCUAUUUCCUUCUUUUUGCUCAAGGAGCAAAUACUCCGAUUCUUAUAUCCUUCCUGCCGGAGAUCUGGGCAACAGCUCCAGACCUAAGAGCCAUCAUAACAGGUGUCACGGUUGCCGUGGUCUAUGCCAAUAACGCCUGGUUACCUUUAUUUUUGUGGCCCGCAAAUGAAGCUCCGGAAUAUAAGUAUGGCUACAAGGUUACUUGUGGGUUGACUGGAGCUUCAUCUGUUGGAAUUGUCUUGUUUUACUUCUUGGCUUACAAGAGAAGCAUAAGAAAACUGGAGUCAAAAAUCGACUCGGAAGAGACUUUACCAGUAAAUAGUUCUACAGGAAGCUCUGGAUGA